GGGAGGGUUAUCGUGGGAGGGAGGGAGACUGUUGGAGCAACACACCGAGGGAUAAAGAUAAAGAGGUGAGAAGGAGGAGACUGAAAGGGAAGGCUAGUGGGACCGAGCCGAGAGAGGAAGCUGAAAAGAGACAGUAGGAGAGAGGGAGGAAAGGAAGGAACAGGGAGAAAAGGGUCACAGAGUGACCGUGGAGGAUGGGGUUUCUCUAUUCCAGAUAAUUCUGGAAUUGGAGACUGCUAGUGAGGAGAGUGCGGUUUUAGCAGCCAGUAGGGCAGGAGCAAAGUAAAAUGGACAGUAGGAGACAGAUAUUGCAGCUACCUCUCCGCCACCCAGAGAUCGCAGAAGCUGCUCUCAGGCCAACUUCAGUUUUUCAGCUGGAGUCUCUGAGCACCCUGGACCGCAGGAGCCACGAGAGCGCCUAGAAGCUACUCCUCUGAGAUGCACACACCGCAGCAGUAAGAACUUCCCGCUCGAGUUCCCCUAUCCCCUUCCUCUGGAACUCCCUGGAGAAGGGGCGGAAGACCCCAGGGGGAGGGGCGAGGGAGAGUCUCCAGCAGCUGUUCUCCCCUCCCUCCUCCGCCCCACCCCUCCGGCCGCGCCAGCCGGCAUGGAUGUGCUCAGCCCUGGCCCGGGCAACAAUACCACUUCCCAAGGAUCCUUGGGGACAAGAGCCAACAUUACUGGGAUUUCUGACGUGACCUUCAGCUACCAAGUGAUCACCUCUCUGCUGCUGGGCAUGCUCAUUUUCUGUGCGGUGCUGGGCAAUGCGUGCGUGGUAGCUGCCAUCGCCCUGGAGCGCUCCCUCCAGAAUGUGGCCAACUAUCUCAUCGGUUCGCUGGCGGUCACUGACCUCAUGGUGUCAGUGCUGGUGCUGCCCAUGGCUGCGCUGUACCAGGUGCUCAACAAGUGGACUCUGGGCCAGAUCACCUGCGACCUGUUUAUCGCUUUGGACGUGCUGUGCUGCACCUCGUCCAUCCUGCACUUGUGCGCCAUCGCUCUGGACAGGUACUGGGCCAUCACGGACCCCAUCGACUACGUGAACAAGAGGACUCCCCGGCGCGCCGCUGUGCUCAUCUCGCUCACUUGGCUCAUUGGCUUCCUCAUCUCCAUCCCGCCCAUGCUGGGCUGGCGCACCCCUGAAGACCGCUCGGACCCUGACGCGUGCACCAUCAGCAAGGACCACGGCUACACUAUCUACUCCACAUUCGGCGCCUUCUACAUCCCUCUGCUGCUCAUGCUGGUUCUCUACGGGCGCAUUUUCCGAGCCGCGCGCUUCCGCAUUCGCAAGACGGUCAAGAAGGUGGAGAAGAAGGGAGUAGAAACCCGCCUCGGAACUUCGCCGGCCCCGCCAUCCAAGAGGAGCGUGAACGGGCAGCCGGGUGACAGAGACUGGAGGCGCGGCGUGGAGACCAAGGCAACUGGGGCUCCGUGCUCCAACGGCGCCACCCUGGAGGUGAUCGAGGUGCACCGCGUGAGCAACUCCAGAGAGCACCUGCCUUUGCCCAGAGAGCCCAGCGCUGACCUCGGCUUCCCCGCCUCCUUCGAGAGGAAAAAUGAGCGCAACGCCGAGGCAAAGCGCAAGAUGGCUCUGGCCCGAGAGAGGAAGACAGUGAAGACUCUGGGCAUCAUCAUGGGCACUUUCAUACUCUGCUGGCUGCCCUUUUUCAUCGUGGCCCUGGUCCUGCCCUUCUGCGAGAGCAGCUGCCACAUGCCCACACUGUUGGGCGCCGUAAUCAACUGGCUGGGCUACUCCAACUCUCUGCUAAACCCUGUCAUUUAUGCCUACUUCAACAAGGACUUUCAAAACGCAUUUAAGAAGAUCAUCAAGUGCAAGUUCUGCCGCUGAUGAUGACGAUGAAAAGCCCGAGAGUAAGGACAUAGGACCAGGCUCAUUCACUCUGCCUCCCUCAGCACCUUGGAAUCAACACCUAAAAUAACUCAUGCUAUAUUUCCUCUGACUUUUUCCGCUUUUGCCUCUGGGUUUCUGAUUUCACCCCCUCCUGGCCCCUGUGCCAGAGGAGGGCGCUCCAUGAGAGAGGGCUCCAGCUGUGGGACCCAAGCGAUUCCCAGGCUCAGUGAGAAGCAACGUUGUCUCAGAUUUUGGCCUAAGCAUCAGGUUUGAUCCCAUUAAUCACCUCCUCCCUCAGCCAUUCAAGGCAGAAAACUCCCACAGGAAAAUAAAUUGCACACAGUCGCUGUGCCCACUAACAGCUUCCACCUGCCCACCCCACUUCCAGAACUCGGACUUUGAAGUUUAGGACAUUAUUUCUCUCCUUUGCGCUCCUACCCUAGAAAAGCCAGUCUUUUCGGGUUCCAUUGCUUCUUUCCUUUCCCAAAUUGGCUCUCUUCCCUCUCCAGUCCCUAAGCACUCAUUGCCCAUCUGGGAGGGCGGUAGGGUCUGCUUUUCCCUACGUGGGUGGCUGCUCCUCGCGUAGACUCGCAGAAUAACCUGUGCACAGUCCCGCUUGCUGUGUUUUCUAGGACUCAGAACAAGUGACUGGAAGGUGCCUCUUAGAGUGGACUUGAUUGUAUGGCCAUAUUUGGGGGCAUUUGUUCCUGCUUCAGAGGCUUUACACAAGAAUGGAGAAGGAAUAUCCAAUUGGAUUGUAAUUGCCAAGUAAUAGAGAAAUUAGAGAAAUAAGUACAAAAGGGCUGCAUAGCUCUAAAAAAGCCUUUGAUACUUUUUUCUUUUAAAAUACUUGUAUUAAGGUAAAGUAUUUAUGCAUCAAAAUUAACCUUCACUUUUCCCUGUAACAAUAAAGAACUUUA